CAUUCCGUCAGUCAGCAGCGGGUGUAUUUUUUACAUGGGAGCAUGAUAGAAUCUGACAUGAAUACACCUCCUGGAACCAAGAUCCGCUUAUUUUGCCCGAUAGAAGUCGAAGAAGACCUUUUGGUUCUAUCAAAUAUGAACUGUAGAGUUCUUGGCGGAAGAGUGGAGGAGAUGGUCACUGAAUGGGAGAAGAAAAAGGCAAGUCCUGUUUAUACUGCUGGUCGGUCAACCGUUUCCAGCAACGCUCCACCAUGGGUUCCAUUUGGUGUGGACAUCGAGAAACUCGGUCACAAAAUUGCCAAAAAUUUUGUUUCGCUGCAGAGCCAGAUUGAAAAUACGGAACCCUUGUCUGAGGAGUUCGCAAAACGUCGAGAAACACUGAUCAGCGAAGCGAUGAAAAAAAUGACAGUUUAA